AUGGUAAUUAUAAAGAGAGGAAACCCAAGGAAGGACUUGCUUGCUGUUUCAAAUGGUUCUGUUUUCAUCCAAGUCAUUUUAUUUAUUCUUCUGGGAUUGACAGAUGACCCAAAGUUUCAGGUUGUAAUCUUUGUCUUCCUGCUCAUCACCUAUAUGCUCAGCAUCACUGGGAACCUGACCAUUAUCAUCCUCACCCUGCUGGAUUCCCACCUGCAGACCCCCAUGUAUUUCUUCCUCAGAAAUUUCUCCAUAUUAGAAAUUUCAUUCACAACCGUCAGUAUACCCAAGUUUCUGGGUAACAUUAUUUCAGGAGAUAAAACCAUUUCCUUUAAUAAUUGCAUAGUUCAGUUAUUUUUUUUCAUUCUCUUGGGAGUCACAGAGUUUUACCUUCUAGCUGCCAUGUCCUAUGACCGCUAUGUGGCCAUCUGCAAGCCUCUGCAUUACUUGAAUAUCAUGAAUCGAAGAGUCUGCACACUGCUUGUUUUUACUUCUUGGCUGAUUUCAUUCUUAAUCAUAUUCUCUGCACUCAUGUUGCUCUUAAAGCUUGAUUACUGUAGGUCUAAUCUUAUUGACCAUUUUACCUGUGAUUAUUAUUAUUAUUUUUUUAUUAUACUUUAGGUUUUAGGGUACAUGUGCACAAUGUGCAGGUUUGUUACAUAUGUAUCCAUGUGCCAUGUUGAUUUCCUGCACCCAUUAACUCGUCAUUUAGCAUUAGGUAUAUCUCCUAAUGCUGUCCCUCCCUCCUCCCCCAACCCCACAACAGUCCCCGGAGUGUGAUGUUCCCCUUCCUGUGUCCAUGAGUUCCCAUUGUUCAAUUCCCACCUAUGAGUGAGAA